CCGAGAGCCCGGAGCCGAGAUGGAGACGGUCCAGGAGCUGAUUCCUCUGGCCAGGGAGCUGAUGGCACAGAAGCCCAGACGGAACCUGGUGAAGCUGUACGUGGUGGGCGGCGUGCUGGCGCUCUUCGGCGCCGUGCUCGGCCUGAUGGAGACCUUGUGCAGCCCCUUCACGGCCGCCGACAGCCUGCGGGAGCGGGAGGCAGCGGUGGCCGAGCUGCAGGCCGCCCGGGAGCGAAAGGCCCUCCGGGCGCGGGCCCUGCUGGAGAAAAGCAAGCAGCUGGAGGCCGUCCAGGGCUGCCGGGCCCCGACCAACCGGCUGCACGCCUCGUAGGAACCUUGGGGGCCGGCGGAGGGAGGGG